CAGUUCAUAGACCAUCCCGUCGUUCAUGCCAUGCCCGAAGAUCCCAGCCGUCCCCGGUGCCUCGUCCGCCUUAAUACGGCCGCCUCGGCUCACAAUUGCGGCCAGCUUGCUUAUCUUCGCAACUGCGCAGACAUGGAUUAUGCAGACUGCGCCAUCUGCGGGCGUCGGUGCUUCAGCUUAUGAGCGUCCCGCGAUGGACGCGACACCGGGUCCUGCUGACCGAGUCCUUUCAGACCCUUCUCCGGUCCCCUCAGAUCCAGACUACGGUCGCGGGUGGCGACUUCCACACAGCAAAUUGUACUGCAUCUCGUUUCCAGCCCACGGUAUUCAUCCCGGAGAACGAUGCUGACCCCCCCAACCUCUGGCUAACUCGCGCACCGAACGCGGAGCUCCAUCGGCUCGCGCGAUAUCGAUAUCGUCGGCCUCCCCCUACAAACCCCUAACACGGCCCCAGACAAGAUGCUCCCAGGUCGCCUGCUGUAUAUGCCGCGUGUAGUAACUUCCGCCCCCCCACCGCGUUUCACAACGACUCACGGAAUUCCCCGUGGUUGCGCCCCUGUCAAGCUUGAUCCAGGCGCCUUCAUGCCUCCGGCCUCAGUUCCGAAUUUUGACUUUUCAAGAUGUGGCGGCGAUCCGGUUCGAGCGCCCGCCCUCCUUGACCCAAAAACAGGCAGCCGCCGCGACGCCGUCUUCUCUCGUUUUGCAAGCCCCCCCCGGUCCGUCUUUUCGGCUCUGCAGGCUCUUUCCUUGCGUACGUUCGCGCCACAGAACAUACGCAUACAUUCCGAUCCCUCGAACAGGUGUACCGACGAAGCACAAUCAAGGAUGCGGAUGCGGAUAUUGCCCCCCCCCCGGAAACCAUUGCACCUGAACUCCAGCGAACUCCAGCGAGCGCCUCGCCCAUCUCGGACUUGCGUGAUCUUGACAGAUGGUGGAGCCGCGAGCGGCUCAAUCAGCCCUGUCAUGGCGGCUUCUCGCACCUCCCUCGACCUAGUCUCCGAUCGCUCAGCGACAUCUCGUCUCCCGCGCCCUAGACUUCCCCGACGUUGGUUGACAGGUCGCUCGAGGCCCACCACAGCACCCGUCGUCGUUCUUCGUUCCCGCUCCAGAGCCUCCACCAUCUAUCUAUCAAGGCAAAACAUCGGUCGUCUGCAAUAUUCGCCUCGACGUAUCGGGGGCUCCCCUACGCUCCAGGGUUCUCAGAUCUGCUUCGUUCCUCGAUCCCUGUGGGAUGACUCUGUUUUGGAUCAUGGUUGUUGCAAUCGCUGAGCCCCCGUUAUGACUUUCACAAUUGCCGCACUCCUUGACUUCAUCCUGAAUGGCAUCAUUAUAGACCACUCAUUUCCUGUAUACCAUACGAUCCACCGUCUGUCCAAUUCUGAUAAUAUCAACUGCGGAUCCCGCAUUAACC